AUGGAUCUCACUCCUUUAUCAUUCUGCAUGGGAAGCACAAAUAAGGAUGCUAAGAACUCGACAGGCGUCUUCUGGGACUUAGAAGAUUACCCAAUCCCUGACCACCUCGACCCGGCUACGGUUGUUGAGAAUAUCAAAUUAGUUCUGAAAAGUAAUGGUUAUACUGGUGACGUGUUUGUGUGGGCUUAUUUGCCUGGCGGCAAAACCUUCUCGAAGCAUUCAGUGCAGGAAUAUAAAGACGCUGGAAUCACCACCAUCACUGUCACGGAGGAGAAAUAUCGAAGAUUGCAUAGGAUGUUAAUUGACUUCCAGGUGUGGUCUAUGGACAAUCGUGCGAUUUAUGGAGUGGGACCAAAUAUUUUGGUAAUCACAAAAGACAUGGUCGGUAAGAAGACCUCCUUCAUCCGUCUCCUAGGAAUUUUUGAAGAAGCUGAUUACCAUGUUUUAUGGGCACUGCCUGAUGAUGAUACCAUUGAGGCACCUUCUUGUGUCAAAGCAAAAUGGCAUUGGAGAUUCCUGUCAGGAGGAGGAGAUCCAAGUGUUGGUGAUAAGAGCAAGACCAGAGAGGAGGAUAUCUGUCACAACACUGAUGGACAAUCCAUGUGA